CGGCGGCUGCGCGGCGGGAUCCCCGGGCCGGUGGCAGCGGCGGCGGCAUGCGGGUGCGCGCGCUGGACGGGCGGCAGCUGCGCAAGCUGCUGCGCAAGGCGCCCGGGCGCUGCCUGGUGCUGGACACGCGGCCCUACCUGGCCUUCUCCGCCUCCUGCCUGCGCGGCUCGCUCAACGUCAACCUCAACGCCGUGGUGCUGCGGCGCGCCCGCGGCGGGCCCGUGCCGCUGCGCUUCGUCGUGCCGGACGAGGCGGCCCGCGCCCGCCUGCUGCUGCCGCCCGCCGACGGCGCCGGGCUGGCGGCCGUGGUGGUGCUGGACCAGGGCAGCGCGCACUGGCGGGCGCUGCCCAAGGACAGCCCCGCGCACAUCGUGCUGGACGCGCUGCUGCGCAGCCUGCCCGAGCCGGGCGCCAGGGUCUGCUUCCUCCGAGGGGGAUAUGAAACCUUUUACUCGCAAUAUCCUGAGUGCUGUGUGGACGUAAAACUUGUUUCCUCCGAGAGAAAUGAAAUGGAGAGAAACCUCAACAGCCACUGUGAGAAGCAGAGCAUCAACCACAAGCCGGCUUAUGAUCAGGGUGGUCCGGUGGAAAUCCUGCCUUUCCUUUACCUUGGCAGUGCCUACCAUGCUUCCAAGUGCGAGUUCCUAGCCAACCUGCACAUCACAGCCUUGCUCAAUGUCUCCAGGAAGAGUUCAGAGUCCUUUAAAGACCAGUAUUGCUAUAAAUGGAUCCCAGUAGAGGACAGCCACACAGCGGACAUCAGCUCUCACUUCCAGGAAGCCAUAGAUUUCAUUGACUGUGUGAGGCGGGCCGGAGGCAAGAUCCUAGUGCACUGCGAAGCGGGGAUCUCGCGCUCCCCCACCAUCUGCAUGGCUUAUCUCAUGAAAAUGAAGAAGUUCCGCCUGGAGGAGGCCUUUGAUUACAUCAAGCAACGCAGGAGUUUAAUCUCCCCCAACUUUGGUUUCAUGGGCCAGCUACUGCAGUAUGAGUCAGAGAUCCUGUCUUCCACUCCCAGCCCUCCUGUCGCCUCAUGUAAACGAGACGCUGUGUCUUUCUUCGCAGAAGAACUGACUUUAAGCAAAAACUUUGAAGGCUCCUGUUACACAUUUCCUACCUCGGUCUUGAGUUCUGUGCCCAUCCAUUCUCCCGUCCAUCAGCUCAAGCUCAGCCCUAUCACUGCCUCGUCAUCCUGCUGAAAUCCUCUUGGAGAAACGCAAGACAACGCAGUCCUCUGACACCAACUGUGACUCCAAGAGAAGCAUUUCAUGGACGUGCAAUACAGAAAGCCUCGUGGACUUAGUCUAAAGCAGAAUGGCCAUUCUGGCUGCCGAGAUGCGAGUAUAGAUGCUGGUUACACAGAGCUGUACGCAGGGCAGGCUUUCAAGAGAUUUCACUUACACUUUCUUUUUUAAACACGUGAUUUUUUUUGAUUUUUUUUUCUUUUUACCUUGAAGUGUGCACUCACUACUGUCCUCCUGGGCCCUCUGGAACUGUGAAAGGGCCAGACCCAGGCGACUUGCUCUCUGUUCCUGUCUCCUCUUAAAUUUUAUUUUAAGAAGCCUUGUAUUAAAGUUCAAGCAAUAAACAGCUGCAUCAGGAAAGAGAACAACUGGAAAAGCACAAUGCCAGGUGGCAACACCUCGCCUAUCUGUUUCGCUUUUGCUCGGGUCGCUUUUUGUUCCACGCUUCGAGGAAUGAGCUGAGCAGGGGCCGAGGUCGAGAAGAAGCUGGUCUAUUACUGGGCAGAUGGAGGCGCGGCAGGAGUUUUCACCUUUCUCAGAUGUAUUGGGCAUUGGCCUCUCUGGGACUGGAUACUAAACUGAGCUGUUCAGGUGUGGCAUUUCCUGCACGCACCUUUGUGCUGGGUGUACCCAGAGCUGGGGGCUGUCAGUGAAGUGAUCAGGCCAUCCUGCUGAGCUGAUAUACUCCCACCUGCUGUUAUUUAAGGACUGCCCGAGAAUACUUGAAUGUCUACCCACCCCUCGUCCAAGUGACUCUUCCAUCAACUGAAACUGUAACCGCUGGAUUUUAGACCAAAAAACUUCCCCCGUCCAAACCAACCAGAAGCCCAUCCUCCUUCGAAGUGUUACCAGUUUGUACUGUGUGUAGCAGAGUGGUCUUGCUAAGUGUUACGUGGCUUGCUAUUGUAAGUAUGGUCACUUCCACCCAGUGUUCCUGCAGCUGAAACGGUUUCAUUUCUUCCUCGGGCGACUGACUCUUUUUUGUCCUUUUUGCGUCAUGUUCUUGUGUCUGCAGGGAGUUCCAGAUGUGCUGCUGCUUUGUCUGUUGACCUUUUUAUUAUAUUAUUAUUAUUUUUUACUUACGGGAAAUGGCAAUAAUUUCCUGAAGAUCUCCUGAAUGUGAAAGAAAAACUGAAAUGUUUUUACGGAGUGUGAAUUAAUAAAGAAACAAAUGUU